ACAAGACGAGCCGGUUGCAGGCUAGCGCAAAAUCCGCACGACAGUGAUCGACUAGAGAUCGGCAGGUUUCACAAACAGUGCAAGUUCGAAUCGACGACCCAGCAUCCCUUUUUUUUUGAUUGGCGAUCGUGCGUGUGUGCCUUCGAGUGUGUGUUGGUGCUCAAAAGAACGAAGAAGCGAAUACAUUUGCGUGUGUUGCACAAACAAAACCCCCGUUGCAGUUCAGAAUGAAAGUGUUUAUCGCGAUCGCAGCCCUGCUGGCCGUGGGCAUGGCCGCCCCGGCACCAGCCGCUGAGCAGACCGGAGCUUUCGGCAUGAUGGCCAAGUACUUUGGGCCGUGUCUGGAGAGCGACGAAAUGGGCACCUGUUUCGCUGUUAAGGGCAUUACCGCGCUGAACCGUGCUGCUCGGGCCGCCAACAUUGAGCUUGCUCCUGGUGUCACUUUCGCAAGAGACCCCGCCGUGCCGGCCGAACGCACCGGAAAGGCCAUCUCGGAGAACGAAAUCACAAGCACGCUGCCAGCUGACGCCGACCAGAAGACGGACGCCCUGUUCGAUCUGGCCAUCGAUUCCGCCAAGCGGCUGUUCAGCGCCCGCUCGAUCCAGUUCAAGCUGCCCGAGGAAACGACCGAAACGAUCGCCCGCUCGCUGGAGGAAGGUAGACUGCUGAAGAAAGGCAAGAAGCUGAAGAAGGUCCUGGGCCCGCUCGUGUUGGCUCUCGGUGGCAAGCUGUUCGCCCUGUUGCCGCUGUUCCUCGGUGCCGUCGCCCUGCUCGCCGUGAAGGCUCUGCUCGUAUCGAAGGUUGCGUUCGUGAUGGCAGCUGUUCUGGCCGCACAGAAGUUCCUCGGCGGUGGUGCCGGAGGUUCUCCGCUUAACCUGCUCUCGAAGGUGGCCGGUGGAUCGUCGGGCGGUGUUGUCGGUGGUGGUGCAUCGGCUGGAGCCGGUGGCUGGUCGUCGGGAGCUAGUGCUGGAGGUUGGUCCAACACUGGAGCUGCCUCGGCACAGUACCCGUACGCUCGUAGCUACGAUACCGCUCAGGAGCUCGCUUACAGUGCGCAGGUUCCGUCGCAGUAAGACCACCGUAACAUCUUCUACGUGAUCUUUUCUUUCUAAUAACUCGAACGUGCGGCUUAUCUCUCUCUCUCUCUCUCUCUCUCCCACCAUUGGCACGUCCCUUCGUCUAGUCUGCUCUAGGGCGCCCUCCUUUUUUUUUGUUUACACAUCUCUCUCUCUCUCUCUCUCUCUCUCUCUAACGUCUACGCGUCUCGCAAGCACGCUAAUCGGGGUCUUGAAACCGAAACGCGGGCGAGCACGCAUCCUCAUUAUUUCCGCCAAGUGGCCUCGUGUUCCCCUCACCUCGCGUGAAAACCCCCCCCGGUGGGUGAUCGGUAGCGGCACGAAAUCGAGCUCGGAACGCCGGACCGCGCGAGCUGUCCCGGAUGUCCGUUUAUGUAAAUACACCGACCAGCGAGCGCCGAUCGAGAAACACCCCCGCAGCUGGGGAUGGUGAAAAUGGGUUGUGGGUGGAUGGGCUUGGCUUUCUCUUGCGUGCCGCAUCCUUACUUGCGGUGUGCCGUACUGUGCGUCUGUGCAUCAAUUUCCAAUCUCGGCACGUGCCGUUGAGGUGGUGGUCCUUUGCCCUGACGUGGCCUCACGUGCAUCGAUCAGCCUGUUUUUCGCGAGCGUCCAUCACGCCCCCAGCACGCCAGGACGUUCACUCUACUCACUCAGCGAACUCUGGCAACAGAGGAACAAUUUAGUAACAAAAGCAAACAAACACAAACGAAAACAUACAGAACCCAACAAACUGCGCCAUUUCGGGCCGGCCCGGAAGCCGCUUCGGCGGGCCAGGGCUUCGCGCCAAUUUGUCUUCUAACGUAAUAAUAUAUUUUUUUUUGUAGUGUUUAGUAAUUUAUUAUUACCGAUACGCCCGCGCCACACACGCGCGGAG